UUAAUGGAAUUGCUCGCGGACUUCUCUAUCUACAUCAAGACUCAAGAUUGCGGAUAAUCCACAGAGAUCUUAAACCUAGCAAUGUUUUGCUAGACACUGAUAUGAACCCGAAGAUAUCUGAUUUUGGCAUGGCAAGAAGUUUCGGAGGAAAUGAGACUGGAGCCAUGACAAAAAGAGUUGUUGGGACAUAUGGCUACAUGUCUCCGGAGUAUGCAGGAGAAGGAAAAUUUUCAGUGAAAUCAGAUGUAUUUAGCUUUGGAGUUCUUGUUCUAGAGAUUUUAAGCAGGAAGAGAAAUAGAGGGUUCUUCCAUCCAGACCAUAACCAUAAUCUUCUAGGACAUGUCUGGAUCCUCUUCAAAGAAAGCAGGGUUAUGGAAGUAAUAGAUGCACAACUAAGGCAGUCAUGCAAUCAGUCUGAAGUUCAAAGAUCAGCCCAUGUAAGUCUAUUAUGUGUGCAGCAGUGUCCAGAAGAUAGGCCGA